CACAAAUCGUGUGAAACGGAGUGAAGUUAAACAAAAAUGUCAGAAUGUCAGACAAAAUGCACGAACUGCGUAUUUUGUUGUGCUAAUUUCAAUCUUUAAUUAAAAAUUAUGUUUGUAAAUGUGUAAAUAAUUCAAGAAACCCUUUUUGUUUUAUUUAUUGAUGAAAUUCUGUGAUUUUGAUCGAAACUUUGGGAGUGGAUGUGAAGUGUAAAUAUAAUGUACGAACGAGCAUCGAUUCUUUGUGAUUUGUUAUAGAAAUAUUUCACAAAAGAUUACAAACAUCAACGUUAACCCACCAAACAAACAUAGACAUGGUAGUUCGCAGGUCGAACCAUACAUGUGCACGUUAAUACAACAACAGGAUGGGACAACAGACGUCAAGGAAGAGUGGAGAAUGCACAUGUGGGUGCGGGGCUUGGGAGCGGCGCCGGUACGCGGAGUCACCAAGCAGCGUUCACAGAUAUGUUAGCGCGGUUACUGACAGAUGGAGCGGGCGCGAGUGUGCGUGUCGCAGGCGACGGUGGCGCCGCCCCGCCUGCGUUUGCACAGCUUAUAGACGAGUUAGUGAUGACAGAUUGGCUGCAGUACUGACGCUUGGUGCUAGAGACUUGAGACGGGAACUGGACGCGAUUGUCAUAAAUACAGAUGGUGACACCAGCAGAGAGAGUGGUGAGCCCACCGCAGAAGUAUAUGUACUGUCCGUUGCACCCAGGACAACGGAAGGAGAGAGUUCCCAAGAGAGACGGACGGAGUUGACACAGACUAACGAUGCAAUACGGCUGCACCCGCAUUUCCAGGUUGUAUGUGGCGGGGAGCUCCGCGCGCUGUUGCUGCGCGGCGCCACGCUGCCCCCCACCGCCGCGCACGCGCCCGCCGCCGCCAGGGUGCAUACACAGGUGGACUACAUCCACUGCCUAGUCCCUGAUCUGAAGGAGAUCACGGCGUGCUCCUUCUACUGGGGGAAGAUGGAUCGCUACGAGGCUGAGAGACUUCUCGACAAUAAGCCCGAAGGCCACGUCGCUCGAAGGACGGACGGUCGAUGGACCCGAAAAGUGCUAGAGUGGCGACCAAGGACCGGAAAUGUAGCGUGGACCGACGACAUCGUCAGAGUCGCGGGGAGCCAAUGGAUGCUAGUUGCAACUUGUCGUCGACAUAGAGGCUAA